AUGCCCCCGAUCAGCAACUUCAUUAGAGACUAUCUGGCAGGGAAGGUCAAUGAGGAAGGGAGACUAAUUACAGAUGAGAAUGUCUUUGUCGUAAUCCAGAGAAGCGACCUCUCCUCCAAGAAGACUGAUCCUGGAAUGUUCACACUCCUUAUUUCUAUAGGAGACAUCCAGGUGGAGCACGCUAUGUGCGACUUAGGGGCAUCAAUCAACGUUCUGUCAUACUCCAUCUAUCGGAAGUUGGGAGUGACCAAGCAUGUCGACACUGAUAUAAUGAUACAGUUGGCCGACAGAUCGUGUAUUCACCCAGAGGGAAUCUUGGAAGACGUGAUUGUUAAGGUGAAUAACUUUCUAUACCCAACUGAUUUUUUUGUAAUCAAGAUGACGGAACCCGCAGCAAAGGAGUCGAGUGGAGUCCUAUUAGGACGACCGUUCCUGUCCACAACUAGCACUAUUAUAGACGUCCGAAAUGGGACGAUAAGACUGGAUUUCAAAGGAGAGCAGUACACGUUCAAUAUUGCUGAAGCCAUGAAGAAGCCAGCUGACGGCGAGAACGUAUACUCCAUAGAUGUGACUGAGCCCUUGGUACAAGAGUAUUUGGAGGAAGAAUUCUUAAAGACACAGUUCACUGACUCCGCUGUAGAUAAGAAUGGUAUGAUAUCAUGA